AUGACAUUUAAGAGAGAUUUCAAGGAACAAAUGGUGCAUGAGUGGGCAGGAAACUACAUGGACUAUGAAGGCCUCAAGAAGAUAUUAAAAGAAAUCAAAAGUAGUAAGCCAGGUCAGAAUAAUCAGAAACCACCUCAUAAAUCCUUGCGCCACAUGCUCAGUUUUGAAAGAGGGUUUUCUGGGCUUCAUUUGGAACAUAGCAAUCAUGGAAGGAUUGAAGGCGAUAUCGAAGAGCAUCAGGUUAUAGAUGUCAAGAAAUUACAGCAGGAUGGUUCUUCAAGGAAACUCUAUAAGACCCAUUUCCGCAAGAGCCAUGAAGAAGGAGAAGCUGAGGUAAGGCUCUUUCAGAAGCUUGAUGAAGAGCUAAACAAGGUUAAUUCCUUUUUCAAGGAACAGGUGGAGGCAUUAGAGCAUGAAGAAAAUCUCUUGAAGAAACAAAUGGAGGCUUUAAUUGCAUUGCGGGCAACGGUGAAAAACCCUGAUAUUGAGAUGCAGAAUUUGAGUUCAUCACCUGCGGAAAAAAUGGAUCAUGAUUGUCAACGAAAAGAUAUGGAUGUCACAAACGGAAAUGCUAAUCAUGAUGGGGAGGAAGGACGGAGUAAUUAUAACAGAAGAGAUCCGUUGGAAAUCCUGGACCAAGUAAAGAUUGAUAAUACAAUUGAAGCUUCAACGUCAGCAAUCAGAAGUGUUUUUACUGGUUUCAAGCAAGAGGAAUCUAGUUUCAGCAAGGAAGAUCUGAGAAAAGUUGAGAAGCAAUUGAGGCUUGUGUUUGUUGAAUUCUAUCAAAAACUACUUAAUCUGAAAAAUUACAGUUUUAUGAACCUCUCAGCUUUUUCCACGAUCAUGGAGAAGUAUGAAAAGACAACAACAAGGGCAGCGUCUAGAGCAUUCAUGAGAGAAGUGGAUAAUUCCUACAUUGGCACUUCUGAUGAGGUAACCUGUAUGUUGGAGAGGGUGGAGUCUACUUUCACCAGAAACUUUGCACGCUCCAAUCAUAAGAAGGGAAGGAAAUUAUUGAGGCCAAAAUCUAACAGAGAAAAGCACAGCAUAACAUUUCUUACAGGCUUCUUUUCCGGAUGCUUUGUCGCUCUACUAGCUGCUACCCUAACAAGAAUUAUAUCUCAAAAUUUGAUGAAGCAGAAGCAGGGGUCAUUUUACCUGCAAAACAUUUUCCCACUGUACAGUUUGUUUGGAUUUAUCACCCUACACAUGCUUAUGUAUGCCGUGGAUGCAUAUUUUUGGAGGCGCUAUCGAGUGAAUUAUCCAUUCAUAUUUGGGUUCAAGCCUGGAACUGAAUUGGGUUGCAGAGAAGUUUUCCUGCUGAGCACUGGUCUUGCAGUGCUUGCGUUACUUGGUUUCUUGGUAAAUCUGCAGCUAGAGAUGAACCCAAAGACUCAAAGCCAUAGGAAGGCAGCAGAAAUAGUUCCUUUGAGCUUGCUUAUGCUUGUUCUUUUGAUAACCUUCUGUCCUUUUGACAUCAUAUUUCGAUCAAGCCGGUUCUUCUUCAUGAAGUGUUUAUUUCGCUCCAUAUGUGUUAGGCUCCCGGAUUUCUUCUUUGCUGACCAGAUAACUAGCCAGGUUCAAGCCUUCAGAAAUUUUGAGCUUUACAUAUGCUAUUAUGGCUUGGGAGAACACUCAAGAAGGCAAGAAAAAUGUCAAAGUCGUGGUGUCUAUAACACACUGUCUUUCAUCAUUGGUGUCAUUCCUUUCUGGUUUCGCUUAUCACAGUGCAUGCGUCAAUUGUAUGAUGAAGGAGAUAUCAUCAGAGCAUGGCAUGGCUUGAAUUACCUCUUCACCAUCCUGGCCCUUCUCAGUAGGACGGCCUUUGAACUGAAGAAGGGAGUGACCUGGAAGGUUUUGGCUCUAAUAACAUCAUCCGUAACCGUGAUACAGAACACAUAUUGGGAUAUUUUUGUUGACUGGGGACUUCUCAGAAGACACUCAAGGAACCCAUAUUUGAGGGAUAAGCUUCUUCUUCCUCAUAAAUGUGUCUACUUCAUUGCUAUGGGCCUUGACGUUUUGCUUAGACUUAUCUGGAUGCAGUCAGUGCUUCAACUGACAUGGCGCCCCCUUCAAAAAGUGGCAAUGACAACAGUAAUUGGGUGCCUGGAAAUCAUACGCCGUGGCAUUUGGAACUUCUUUAGGUUGGAGAAUGAGUACUUGAACAAUGUAGGCAAGUAUCGUCCUUUCAAGUCAGUACCACUUCCUUUCAGUUACUACAAAGAGGACAAUGAGGAAGAUAAUAACAAGGAUGAAUAG